AUGCAAGUUUUUUUUAUGUGGAAAGACAAAGAAAUGGAUAAGGGUUACUACAAAGACCAGCUUCGCAAGAUGAGGUUUGAGUUGAAAAGGAAAGAAGACUUCAGUGAAGUUUCGAAGGUUCAAAAGAAGUUGGUUAAGCUGCAACAAGCUAUGGAAGUAUAUAAGCAAGUAUUUGAGACACAAUUGACGGAGUUGAUGAAGCAAAACAAUGCGCUGAAGUGGGGGAUCUUUGUUAUGGUCAUUAUAGUCAUUGUCAUGUGGUUAAAGUGCCCUUGA